GCCGGACGGGGAGGGGGGAAGGAGAAGCUUGAACGACUCGGUAAUGGCGACGGGUUUGUCGAACCACCGUAACAUGGUGUGGGAAGUGAAGACAAAUCAGAUGCCGAAUGCAGUUCAGAAACUCCUGCUGGUAAUGGACAAAAGGGCUUCUGGAAUGAGCGAGUCAUUGGAGUUGCUGCAGUGCAAUGAGAACGUGCCAUCCUCACCUGGAUAUGCUUCUUGCGACGAGCACAUGGAGCUUGAUGACCUUCCCGAACUUCAGGCUGUUCAGAAUGAUUCUACCCAAUCUGCCGUCUUCCACCUUAGUACAGAUGUUUCUCAUCAAGAAUAUUCCAGGCCUCCUUGGAACCAACGUACCUCAGAAAUGUCAGAAAACGCUUAUUCUAAUGAAAACGGGGUGAAUUGGCUGACAGAACUGGCAAACAUAGCCACUAGUCCUCAGAGUCCUCUUAUGCAGUGCUCAUUUUAUAACAGAUCAUCUCCCGUGCACAUAAUAGCGACGAGCAAAAGUUUGCAUUCCUAUGCCCGCCCUCCGCCUGCAGUUGCCAAGAGUGAACCAGCCUUCUCCAAUCAUCUCUGGAAGGAGGAAGCAAAAGUCAGACACGAAAGGGCAAAUAGUGAGUCAGAAUCUGGGAUCUUCUGCAUGUCCUCCCUCUCGGAUGACGACGACCUGGGAUGGUGCCACUCUUGGCCUUCCACCGUCUGGCACUGCUUUUUGAAAGGCACCCGCCUGUGCUUUCACAAGGGGCACAACGAGGAAUGGCAGGAUGUCGAAGAGUUUGCCAGGGCGGAGGGCUGCGACGGUGAAGACGAUCUCCCCAUGGGUACUCAAAAGGACUAUGGAUCUGAUGGGUUAAAGCUCUUAUCCCAUGAAGAAAGCGUUUCCUUUGGCGAGUCUGUUCUGAAGUUGACUUUCGAUCCGGGUACAGUAGAAGACGGUUUACUCAGCGUUGAGUGUAAACUGGACCAUCCUUUCUAUGUUAGAAAUAAAGGAUGGUCGUCGUUUUAUCCCAGCCUGACUGUGGUUCGGCAUGGCAUCCCGUGCUGUGAAGUUCACGUCGGCGAUGUAUGUCUACCUCCUGGACACCCCGAUGCCAUUAAUUUCGAUGAUUCAGGUGUUUUUGAUACAUUUAAAAGUUACGACUUCACGCCCCUGGAUUCCUCCGCCGUCUACGUGCUGAGCAGCAUGGCCCGCCAACGUCGGGCCUCCCUCUCCGGCGGAGGGCCCGGGAGCCAAGAUUUCGAGAGACCGGGCUGUGGCAGAAACUGGGUCUCUGGCGGGCCGUCGGAUUCUUUGUACAGUAGAGCGCUCAAAAGCUCAGGGACAGCCCGCACGGGGAGUGCCCCUUCGCCCAGCAAGUGCAAAAGACCAAUGAAUGCCUUCAUGCUGUUUGCCAAAAAGUACCGAGUGGAAUAUACUCAGAUGUAUCCAGGGAAAGAUAACAGAGCCAUAAGUGUGAUUCUUGGUGACAAGUGGAAGAAAAUGAAUAACGAGGAGAGGAGGAUAUACACACUAGAAGCCAAGGCCUUGGCCGAAGAACAAAAGCGUCUAAAUCCCGACUGUUGGAAACGGAAACGAACCAAUUCGGGUUCGCAGCAACAUUAAACCCGGAGUUUCACCGCUCUUAAGUCUCUACGAAACCGUUGACACGUGACGGGAACCAACCAGACGGCAGACUUAAGAAGAACCAGGUCCCGCCCUCCGCGGCGGACGCGCGCCCGGCCGACACCGAUAGCGUCGAGUCUUGAGAUGACGUGAGUGAGGAUUCGCUUUCUCCGAUAGAGCAUUAAGUAAGCUAAACCUAUCAUCGUUGUAAACCAAAUUGCCUUAUUUUUCUUCCAGACUUCGUAUAUGUCUAUCAGGUAUUAUAGGCUUGAAAAUUGAUAUCCUGUGGUGCUACAGAGUCCAGUUAGAGAGGAGGAGAAGUGUAUAAAAUGUUUUAUUUUGACAUGUACAAAAAAAGGGGGGGGGGAUUUAGGAAAACACGUAACUGCUGUUUA